AAGCAACAUCUAAACAAUAUGGCGGCUAACAGGUGUCUUAUCGAUAAUUUGAAACGAUGAAGUAGCACCGUUUUCUCCUACAAUAUAACAUGAUGAUGCACAGAAUAUCGACUGGAUCUAACAUGGAUAUUACUACAUGGUCUUUACCGCACAAUAUAGGAACUUUUACUCGGAAAACGGAAGUUUAACACUUAUGAAAGUGUUAAAAAGUUGAUUUUUAAAUUAAAUUUAAAAAAAACAGUGAAAUAUGUCCGAGAAUUUGUCUCUGCUGAGCAGAGGAGUUGGGCAAAUCCACCGUAUUGACGAGGAUGCUGAGAAGAUUGAGGUCAAAUAUGAACCAGAGGACUAUUAUAACUGGACUGACAACCCAGACAGAAUGUUCCUGCCCCCUAUCCACAUCCCUAGGGUGGCAUUUCAAGACACAACCCCCAGAUCUGAUACUUCAAUCACAGGAGGCAAACACUUCGAAGCCCACCUGCCAAAAACAUUUACAACCAGAAAAGGUGCCAUGUUAUUGUUCUCGGAGAAUCUGGCAAUGAAAAACAAAUCUGCUCAUAGACCUGUAAGGACUACAUCGCGGAAACGUAGGAAAAAUAUUUCAAAGAGUUUGGAUGAUUUUGAUGUGAAUCUCAAUACUGUGGGAGACUUGACUAAGGAAAUAUUAGCUUUUGGAGGAGACCAAUAUGGGGAUAAGGAAAAUGACAAUGGUGUUUAUCUUGGAUUUGUCCAUAAGAGGCGACGGGACCCCUACAUUCGACCAAUUAGACCAGGGUAUUCUGCCAAACGAUAUCUUCCUAGUCUCACAAAAAGUUUUGAUGAUUCUGUCUUGGAAAAACUUACCAAUAAAGGUCAAGUCACAGAACAAAGCUUGUUUCACAAUAAUUUACUUAUACCCUGGCUAAAGAAGCGCUACAACCCUGACCUCACCGUAGAGCCUCCCCCCUAUAGGCUGAUGCGGCAGUGGCUGCGCUCCCCUGGAAAUCUCACUGGCUACACAUUCUACAAGACGCAGGGGGAUGAGCAGCUAGAAGAUGGGGGAAACUUAAUGAGUCUUCUUGGAGACUACAGUGAGCGACCUGACACUCGAGCAACCUUGAAAGUUGCAGAGAUUCUCCCAGGUGGCAGCACUAGAGAGGUUACAUAUGCUAGUCUUGACAAUAAAACAAAAGAGUCCGUCAUUACAGAUCUUCUUGUUAAAAGUGCGCUCAACCAUGCCAUGAAAAAACAACAGCAAAUAUUCGAAGAAGGUCUGUCUAGGGUGGCUGAAAGUAACUUCAACUCGGGGCAGAAUAAUCCUGAUAUGUCGGAUAACACAAGGGAUCAGUUAUUCUCCCCUCUUCCUAAGUUCAGCAUGCAAGAGGCUGUCAAGUCAUUGUUUGAUACACCAACUGAGAAGUACGAUGGACCAGAACCUUCAAAGAAAAUGAAAGGGAAGAAGAUUCCACCGCAUUCUGCCAAGUCACACGAAGCUCAUGGGAAAGAAUGGCCUCAAACCGGGGAUAAAGAAUACAUGGGUAACAUACCUAUAGCUUCUUUAAAAGAUACAUCCAGUAACAGCUCCAGGAGAUCUAGUGUCGAUAACAAGUUCUCGGCACUCUCUCCUGAGCUAUCCAUGAUUCCUGAUUUAGAUGAGAAAAUGGUGUCCAGAGAAGGGCAUUUUCCAGUGCUGCCACCUAUUGCUCAAGCGAAGAUCAGUAAUGUUCAAUUUGGGGUUGGAACAAAACCUCUACCUGAAGUCGAGGUGGAACCCCCAACCCCCCAGAACUCUUCAAUGGGAUUCUCUAAUAAGCCAGGGGGACCCACCAGGGACAACACAUUUGCUCUGAUGAGGGACAAAACAAUGGCUUUGUCAGAAUCACCAGAUGAGGAAGAAGUUGUAUGGGGUGGAGCUAAAUACGAUGAGGCAGCCAUCUUGAAAAAAGCAGAGGAGGAUGCGAUGCGGCAACAGCAGCAAGUGCCAGAGAAGGUUUCCAUUUACAGUUUUAAUGACAGGGUCAAAGAUUUGGGCAGUAGUACGGGGGAUUUGUCAAUAGGUGGGCCUAGUGGUAUGCAUGACUUGGACCCAUUGCCCAAUCAAAAACUGAAGACCCACAAUACUGGCUGGAGAGGAAGUAACAAGUCUUUGAAUAAAUCAAAAGAUGCAGGUUCUGUAAAAGGUAGCAUAGUUCUCGGGCCUGGGGGUGAAGCGAUUGAUAUAGGGGGUCACGUUGCAUCCCCUCUCAAUGCCAGCGAUUCUGUGUUAUCGGCUGUGAGACAGGCUAACAAACUUGACACAGAAAGUGAGUCUGACGAUCAGCCAGACUGGAAUGUGAUGGUGACAAAGGUGGAGAAACAGGUGGAACAAGUAACAACAGCACCUGCUGCAGUUGUCAGAUCAAGGAAGAGCUCUCUGGCCAAAUCUGGAGGUCCAAGAGCAAAGACCAUGCCUGAGACCCAGAACAUUGUCUCAGUACCCAGUUGGAGAAAUGAUGAUGAUGACUCACCCAGCCUCCAGUCUGUUGAGAUAGAGGUCGGCUUUGAUAGGGCCUCCUCACCUUACUCAGCUGCCAAGCUUUCCUCAGGGAAUGAGGCGUCCAGUGGGGAAGAGACAGAUAUGGGAGGGGCUGUCACUGCAGCUAUUGUCACCCGCAAGCCAUCAAUGGUGCCACCUGAGUCUGUAUCGAGAGUAUCACAGAUACAGAAACCAUUGAAAGAGAAAUCAAUGGAGAAGCCACAGAAAGAAUUACAGAAAGAAAAGUCGAAGGAGAUGACGAUACAGAAGGAGAAAUCCAAAAUGAAAAUCAAAGAGAAAUCAAGAACACCAAAAGAACAAAUCAAACCUAACACCCCACAAUCCAUUAAACCUAAAACUCCAGCUAUUGAAGUUGAUGGCUAUGAAGCGGAAACAGAGGAACUUGCUCCUCCACCUCCUUCAUCUUUAGCGCCAUCUAAUUUGGAUCGUGCCUCAAUUCAUUCAAAGAGUCCUCAUUUGAAACCCACCUCAAGCAGACUACCUACAAGAUCCAAAUCACGCACACCCAAAGUCAAAACACCCCAAGGAUUCAAAGAUGAUGUUGAUGAUUAUUUUGAAAAUGAUAUUGAUGAUGAAUUCCCCACUUCUAGAGUUGGGUCUGAGGCUGCAUCAGAGUCUCAACUGGGAGUCAGUCAGGGCAAAGUGUCCACCAUAUCAGAAAAGGUAGUUCUUGAGAGGAUCAGACAUAGUGCAAAGAAGAUAGCUGAAGAUGUAGUCAGUAAAGGAGGCAAGAAUCUGGAAAAGGAUGCUUUGCUUGCUGCUGAUAAUUGGUUGAGAUGGCAUCCACCUAGAAAUAUAUCCAGACCUCAUUCCCUUGCGGAGGAAGCAAUGAAUAAGUGGGGUGAGACUGAUAGCAAAAGUGUAAAAAGUGCCUUUGCUGGUGGUCUUCCAACACAUGAACAGUACAAGGAAGUACUUAAGGAAUCUUUAGCUUCUGCAUUAUCCAGCACAGGUGAUAAGGAAAGUGACAUUGGUGUAGACAACAUUGAAGUUGCUGAUGAGGUCAUCGAUGCCCUCAUAACAAAGGAGCUUGAACCUGAAGACAUAGAGCUAGUCAAAGAUGAGGAAAGUGGUUUGAACAUUGUCAGAAUUAAAAGUUCAGCAACUGAACAACCUCCGACAGAAUACGACGCUCAAAGUGAGGCUGCGUCUAGCCACCAUACAGAAGCCACUAAGAGUGUCCUCAGUGUCCGUAGUGCUAUUAAAAGCGUUCAGAGUAUGGUUGAACAAAGUGUUCAUAGUGCUGCACAGAGCAUUCAUUCAGAUGCAAGAAGUGUUCAUAGUGCAGGAGAUGCAGAGUCUGUACAUAGUGGGGGAUCACAUCCCAGUACAAGUAGCCAUGCUGCGAGUAACAAAACUACUGGAUCAAAGCCUAAGAGUAUAGCUAAAUCAGGCCAUGUCUAUAAAAAACCAAGUGAGACAGGUUCCAUUUCAAGUAAAGUACCUGCCUCAAUACCAGGACAGCGUGCUGACAAUGCUGACCUUGAGCUGGAUAUCAUUAACUAUGGUGAGGGUGAAGAAGAGAAAAAGUCUUCAGCUGCAGCAUCCAAUGAACAAGAAGAAGACGAUGAUGUUGAAGAAGACUCUGAUGAUGACAGUGUCACCGAUAGCGUUAUAGAAGCUGCAAAGUCCCUUGAUACAGCAACACCUGAUGCAGAAAAAACAAGGAUAGACCUCCAACCAGAGGGAGCAUCUUUACCAGCAGAUCAGAGAUCAGUCGCAAAAUCCCGAGUGUCUUUCAGAGGCGAACCUGAACCAGAAAAAGCUGAAUCUGACACGGACUUUAAGUCUCAGAUUGAAGACCUUGUCAAGGAGACUGGUUUGAGAGUUAAGAGUGUAAAAAGUGCAAAGAGUGCAAAGAGUGUGGCCUCCAAAGGUAGCAAGGGAAGCAGCAAGAAGAAGGAAGAAUUCGUUGUUGGCAAGGUCCCAGACAAGAAGGAAUUAGAAACACUCUAUGCUCCCGUGGAACCCCCACCCCCUCCAAAGCAAGAGAAGAGCAAGGUUAAAGAGAAAACAAUUGUGAAGCCAACCCCUGCUGCCACACCUGCAAAGACACCGGCCAAGACACCAGCAUCAAAGAAGUCAAAGAGGGGCAAGAAGGGGAAGAAAGAGCAGCCGGCACCUGAGAAAAUAGUCAAGGAGCCCACAAAAGAGAAGAUCAAGCCUGAGCCUGUUAAGAAGGCCCCUACCCCACCACCCGAGGCUCCCAAAGAAGCCGAUCCACCACCCAGGGAGGAAGAGACCCCGUCACCAGAAUUCAAGAGGGAACUGACCAAAGAGUUAUCAUUUGUGAUCGUGCGUGAUGAGUAUUCAGAUGACGAGGAUGCAAUACCAAAGCAGACUUUAGCCUCAAGACGUCCCACUAUCAACCUGCCUCCCCCUCCCUCUUCCAAUUUUGACACAGAUGAUGAUACUGGUUCCGAAACAUCAUCAAACCUUAAGAAUAUUAGCAACAAAGAAGCAAGAGCUGCUAAGAGGGCAGCAGCUGCAGAAAGACGACGUAGAGAGGUGGAGAAACGUCGUAAAGAGCGGGAAGAUCAACUCAAGAAGGAACGCGAAGAGAUUGAAAGGAAGGAGAAAAUGAAACGUGAUCUGGAGGAAGAAAGGAGAAUGAAAGAAGAGGAAAGAAGACUUGCCAAAGAAGCCCUAGAGGCAGCAGAGCGGAGAGAGGAUGAAGAAAGGGAGGAACGUCAGAGGAGAGAGGAGAAAGAAAGAGAGAGAAACAGAAGACUGAAAGAGGAAUAUGAGAGGAAGCUAGAGGAAACCAGGAGACAACAUUUGGAGGAAGAACAGAGACGAAUGGAGGCUCUCCUGCAAAAACAACGAGAUGAUGAGGUCAAACGACGAGAAGAGGAGAUGAUGUUAUAUGCCAUGGCAGAGCAGGAACGAAUUGAAUAUGAGAAGAAGAAGAAACUUGAAGAGGAGAGGAAAAAGAAAGAAGAGGAAGAACUAAGAAUCAAGCGUGAAGAAGAAGCUAGGCUGAAAAUGGAAGAAGCGAUGCGAUUGGCCGAGGAGAUGGAACGCAAGAAAAUGGCGUUGGAAGAGCGGAUGAAGUUUGCUCGAGGCCUUAUGGUGGAAUCCAAGGGUCUAGAACACAGUCAAGACGUCAGUAGGGCCUUUGUGUUUUCAUACUAUGAACUUUUACAAUGGCUCGGACUCGACCUUCCUGAGUUUGAGAAACAAAAGAAAGAAUUUGAUCUGGGAGGUGGACAUUAACAUUUAUUGUAUUUCUAAUCAAUUGAAGUCAAAUCAAUUUUAAUUUUUGUUUCUGUAUUUGAACAUAUAUUUCAAUUCAUUUUUUUAGAAAAUUAUAAAGUUUGUAUUGGCAUGAUUGCUUCCAAAAUUGCAUUUAUUAAACACUGCUAUUUCAUUAAAGACUGUAGUAUGAGUUUAUCAUACGUGUAUUAUUUCAUUAUAUACUGCAUUACUAGUAUACAGUAUAUAUACUGUAUAUACUGUAUUCUUUCAUUAUAUACUGUAUGACUAGUAUUUCAUUAUAUACUGUAUAUUCUGUAUUAUUUCAUUAUACAGUGUACUAUUUCAUUAAAUACUGAAUUAGUUCAUUAUAUACUGUACUAUUCAUUAUAAUAUUGAAUUAUUUCAUUAUACACUGUAUUAUCUCUUUGAUUCAACUGCUGAUAAUUUCAUAUUACUGAAUGAUAUUUAUA